AUGGACACGGACGAUGGUGAGUCCUCGAGCAGCGGGCCGAUGUCGAGCUUGAAUAGCUUGUUUUCAUUUACAAGUCCCGCUGUCAAGAAGUUACUAGGGUGGAAACAGGGUGAUGAAGAAGAAAAAUGGGCUGAGAAGGCCGUAGAUAGUCUGGUUAAGAAAUUGAAGAAAAGAAAAGGUGCCAUUGAAGAGUUGGAGCGGGCUCUGUCUUGUCCUGGCACACCAUCAAAAUGUGUCACUAUUCCAAGGUCAUUGGAUGGCAGAUUGCAGGUAUCACAUCGCAAGGGUCUGCCUCACGUUAUCUACUGUCGAGUAUGGCGGUGGCCGGAUCUACAAAGUCACCAUGAGCUCAAACCCCUGGAAAUAUGCCAGUACCCUUUCAGCGCUAAACAGAAAGAGGUUUGCAUUAACCCAUACCACUACAAACGAGUCGAAAGUCCAGUACUACCACCAGUUUUGGUGCCGAGACAUUCAGAGUUUGCGCCAGGCCAUUCCCUCCUACCAUUCCAGAGAACGACGGAACCAUCUAUGCCUCAUAACGUUUCCUACUCUGGAUCUGGAUUCCCACCUUCAGCGACAUCGGAGUUGCCUGACACCCCACCGCCAGCAUAUUCCCCACCGUCAGACGACUCCGAACCACCUGGGGAAGUUGCGCCCGUCUCUUACCAAGAACCAUUAUAUUGGGCAUCGGUUGCAUACUACGAAUUGAACUGCAGGGUCGGUGAAGUGUUCCAUUGCAAUUCACACUCAGUUGUGGUUGAUGGAUUUACUGAUCCAUCUAACAAUAGUGAUCGCUUCUGCCUGGGGCAGCUGAGUAAUGUCAACAGGAACUCCACUAUUGAGAACACCAGGCGCCAUAUAGGGAAAGGGGUGCAUCUGUACUAUGUAGGCGGUGAAGUGUAUGCCGAGUGCCUGUCUGAUGCUGCGAUAUUCGUGCAGAGUCGGAAUUGUAAUCAUCAUCACGGUUUCCACCCGUCCACAGUGUGUAAAAUACCCCCCGGAUGCUCACUUAAGAUUUUCAAUAAUCGGGAGUUCGCUCAAUUGCUAUCGCAAAGCGUAAACCAUGGCUUCGAAGCGGUGUACGAGCUGACGAAGAUGUGCACGAUCCGUAUGUCGUUUGUCAAGGGUUGGGGGGCGGAGUACCAUAGGCAGGAUGUCACCUCCACUCCGUGCUGGAUAGAGAUCCAUCUGCACGGCCCGCUUCAGUGGCUAGACAAAGUGUUGACCCAAAUGGGCUCCCCACACAAUGCAAUUUCCUCUGUCUCUUAG